AUGAGAGAAGAACUAGAUACUUACAAUUUUGGUUCGACCAAUGAUUCUGAUGCCUACUCCAUUAACGAAAUUUCUGUAGUAGAUAAUGAUAAUUGCCCUGACUUAAGUAUUCAUCAGGAAGUAACACCUCUCUUAAAUACUUUAACUACUGAUAUGGAAGAUAAUAAUUUAGAAUUGGAAUACCAUGACUUUGAGGAUCAUAAUUAUAUUAUAGAUGAAGUUCAAUUGCAUAAUGAAUCUGAUAGUACAUCAUCUAGUAAUGUAUCCAAUCACUUUAUGACCAAUUUUUCUAUAGAUUCAGAACUUGCUCAAUGGGCAUUGUUACAUAAAAUUCCUCAUACUGCUGUAAAUAGUCUAUUACAUUUAUUAAGAAAACAUAAAUGUUUUUUACAUUUACCAAAAGAUGCUAGGACACUUUUACAUACUAAACCAGCUCAAAUACAAAGUAUUCGAGAUGUACAGCCUGGAAAAUACCACCAUUUUGGUCUUGAGGUUGGUAUCCUACGUCAUUUAUCACCUGAAAAUACUUUACAAACCGAGAUUAAAGUUGUUAUAGGGAUAGAUGGCUUACCUAUUGCUAAAAGCAAUUCAAAUAAAUUUUAUCCUAUAUUAGCAUACAUGAGACCAACUUCAAAUAUAGUUUUUCCAGUGGGAUUAUAUUUUGGAACAGAAAAACCUUCUGACAGCAAUGAAUUCUUAAAAGAUUUUGUCAAUGAAACAAAACAUUUAGUUACCCAUGGGAUUUUAAUUGAAAAUAAAUUAUUUAAAGUCAAAAUUGAUGUAUUCUGUUGCGAUACUCCUGCUAAAGCGUUUAUUUUAAGAAUUAAAUCUCAUAAUGGUUUCUUUUCCUGUUCGCGUUGUGAAAUUGAAGGUGAAUACAAAUCAAACAGAGUAUGUUUUCCAUAUAGUAAACCUAAUAGGCAACCAAACAAGAGAACACAUACUGGAUAUUUGGCAAGAUCGCAAAAUAGGCAUCACUUAGCCUCAAUUACAAACUCUUGUGUUACUGAAAUUCCUGGAUUAGAUAUUGUUCAUAAUUUUUCACUUGAUUACAUGCACUUGGUAUGUCUUGGUGUUACAAAAAAAUUGAUUUUAUUAUGGAUGAAGGGGCCACUAUCAGUGAGGUUACCCUCAUGGAAAAUUAAAGAAAUGUCAAAUUUAUCAUUGAACUUGAAACCAAGUUUUGCUUGUGAAUUUUCUAGAAAACCCAGGCGAUUAGAAGAUAUACUUCGCUGGAAAGCGACUGAGCUUAGAACAUUUUUGUUGUAUAUAGGCCCAGUUAUUUUGAAAGGUGUAUUAACAGAUAAUUGUUUUAAUAAUUUUAUGUCUCUUAAUAUUGCAAUGAUCAUUCUUUUAAGUCCUGAUUAUGCUUCAUUAAUAGACUAUGCUCAACAACUAUUAGAUUAUUUUGUUCAAACGUUUGAACAAAUCUAUGGUCAAUAUUUAAUGUCACAUAAUAUUCAUGGGUUACUCCAUUUAGUGGAAGAUUACAAUAAAUAUGGUCCAUUAGACAAAUGUAGCACAUUUCCAUUUGAAAAUUAUAUGAAGGUGAUUAAAAGUAUGCUUAGAAAACCCGACAAGCCAUUAGAACAAGUCAUAAUGAGGUACAAUGAAGGCAAAUUUUUAAAAUCUAAAAUAGAAGAAACUGAUGGAUUAUUUUUUGGAGAGCAUAGUAAAGGGCCCUUGUUAAAAAAUACAAUAAAUCCACAAUUUAAGUCCAUGACAUUAGGAAAUUAUAAAAUAAAAAGUUAUGUCAUUGGAGAUUCAUAUUUUUGUACUUUAAAAAAUGAACAUGUACAACUUGUGAAUAUUGCACAUUCAAAAGAUACAGGUGAUGUUGUCUUAAUUGGAAAACGCUUUGAGAAACAAGAAGAUUUUUAUUCUAGACCUAUUAAUUCAUCUUGUCUAGGUAUAUAUAUUGUAAAACAAUUGUCAAACACCUUAAGAUGCUGGGAUAUUAAAGAUGUAAAAAAAAAAAUUAUGAUUCUUUGUUGCAGUGAUAAGCUUAUUGCAGUUCCUUUAAUACAUUAA